AUGGAUCUUCUAGGCUCGGAGGUCAUCCUAAUCACUGCGUCGUCCUUCAUCGGUCUGGAUGGGGCCGCGUGCCCCGCUAAAUUCUGCGUGGCUGUGCUCCAGCUCGGCCUUGCAGUCAUAUCCCGCACCGAGGCCAUCACUGGCCUCAUCCUUAUUCAAACUGGCAACAUGCGUACUAUCGAACGCAAGGAGCUCAUGGCGCACGUCCGGACUAUCGUCGACGACAGCGGCGUCCGGGACAAUAACGGGACCUCAAGCGCGCUGCACGCGCUCAGUAGACGUGUCCUCUUUUGCCUCGCUAUCGCCAGCUAAAUCUUGUAUUGCGCUCGCUCAGCCACCAUUUGCACUUGUUGCUGGAGGAGCCGGGUGACGCCGCCUCGCCUGUCACGAAGAUCAACAGCAUGCUGACCUGUCUUGACAAAGACUUAAACCUGUGCACGC